CAAUGAGCAACUCUAAUAGGAAUGAAUGAGGCCCCGCCUCCCACGCUGUACUAUCCAGUUCUUAUUAUACAUCCAUGGGAGCUACCCGGACGGUAAGGUCGGAGAAGCGGACAUGCUUGUCAACUUAUCACUGAUACUUGUGAAGUUUGACUGUAAAUACCGUGUUUAAAGAAAGUAUCGCUGGUUAAAGUGCAGACGCUCUCAGCAUGGUGUUAAUAUGUAGAUGAUGUCUGAAGCUGCUCUAGAGGAAGUCUCCGUGCUGUCCUCCAUCUACUGCGGGGAGGGAGAGCUCAGAGUCCGGCAGCAGGAUGCUCAGGAUGGACUCAUGGUGCAGAUCAACAGCAGCGUUGGAGGAGAAAGGAGGCUGGACGUGAGUCUGUUGUUCCACCUGCACCCCCCCUACCCUCUGUGCCCCCCUGCCAUCUCGGUCUCCUCCAGCAGUCUCUCCAGGACUCAGUGUCAGGACAUCAGACAGAAGCUGCUGGGUCAGGCUGCAGCUCUGCCUCCAGAGCCCAUGGUGCACCGGCUGGUGGAGCGGCUGCAGGAGUGUGUGGAGGUGACAGAGAUGUGUGAGGAGGUGAAAGAGGAAGAAGAGGAGGAGGAGUGGACGGCGGUGCUGUCGUUGGACCACAUCCGCUCCCGGACCCGGUACGUGGGGCAGCUGCAGCGCUGGAGCCUGCAGCUGCAGCUCACUGGGAGGCUGUUACUGGGACGCUGCAUACUGGUGAUCCUGCUGGGAGCCAGGCCCAGCAUCAAGGAGUUUUGUCGCCUGUUGAAGACAGUGAAGGUGGAUGUGGAUUCUUCAGGCAGGAAGUGCAAAGAGAGGAUGAUGAAGGUCCUCAUUGAAAGCCCUUCGUCUCCCUCUGCUAGACAUGGGCUGCAGGGUUUCGUGGUGAAGAGCUACGAGUCGUUACCAGAGCUGAGCGCAGCCUUCCAGGAACUCAACAUGACGGAGAUCUACCAGCAGAUACUGCCAUCUUUAAGUGGCUGACGGCACACAGGUUACCACGGUGAUGGAUCCUAAACUGGAAAAAAUAUCUUUGAAAAUAUUCAGACUGAGAAAGCAGGAACAGCAACCUGACUCUAGAAACAUGAAGCACAGGAAGAGCUGACUGGACAGAAUAUUCAAUACAUUUGAAGCCCCCCCCCCCCCCAAUACCAAACAUGGUUUGAUUACUGCUGAUUGGUUUUGUGAUGCUGUGAAGACAAAUGAGAGCAGAUCUAAAGGUGAACUUAGUUUUUCCCCUGAAGAAAACUCCUCACACUCUGACCUGUAUCUAGAGUUGCCAAGAAACACCUUGCAAAAUAUAUUUUCAUGGAGGUCAUUUUGUUCCUACUUUAAAGUAUGGAAUUAGAUUUUAGCAGUGGUGGAAAAAGGAGGAAGAUAUUUUAUUACUUCCGUGAAAGUAUAAAACCACAUUGUAAAAAUACUUUGUUACAUAUGACUAAAAUUCAAAAUAAUCAAUAUGUACAAUUUGUAUAAUAACAUAUAAAUUGUUGAAUGAUAACUAUCAAUGUAACUCAAGUACUCUACUUGAGUACAAUACUAAGGUACUUGGCCAACUUGGGUAUUUAAAUGUUAUUCUACUUUAUAUUUCUAUUCCAAUACAAUUGGGAGGCACAUAUUUUACUUUUUUCUCAGUAAAUGUUGUUAAUACCUUUUAGUUACUUUGCAAAUUUAGAUAAACAAAUAAAUUAUGAUAUAAAAUUAUUAUAGAUUAAUCUUCCCAGCAGUAACAUUUCAAAAGGUUAAAAUUAGCUCCACCUUUACCAGCUACAACAUCAUUUCAUAAAACACAAUCAUUUCAUAUUAUUCUGAAAUGGUCUGUUCUGCAUAAUGAGUAAUUUUUGUUACACCGGGUAUAUUUUGAUGCCAUUUGUACUUCUACAAGACUUUGUAGGAGUAUUUUUACUAUGUGCUAUUACUAUUUUUAGUAAACUAAUCAGUGAUCUGUGUCCCAACAACACUGCUAAAAUCAAUCCUUUGUUGUUCUUUGUAGGAAGCCUAAAAUAAUACCUGUAAGUAUUUCUCUUUACAUGGACUGCAGUGAAGUUUAAUAUGCUUUCUUUAGGAACAAAUAUGAUCACAUGGUACAGUGGAUGUAUUUGACAGACAGGAUGAUACAGUAAACAUACUGCAGAAAAUAUAUUUUAUAUUGUGUCUUUUAUUUAAAAAAGGCUUUAUUUAGCUUAAAAUGCAUCAACGGAGGAAUGUGGUCAAACAGCCGAGCCAGAUGCUGUCCAUAUGGACACUGGAGGAUUACGGUCAGUAAUUUCACGCAUUUCUAUACGUUAUUUGAAAUAUACCAAGACUGUAUUUUGCAAUCAUUGAAGAAUUUAUUUGUGGUAUGGUUGUAUGUUUCUCAAUAGAAAUAUGUUUGGCCCUUGUCAAACGUUGCACCUGUGUGCCUUGAUGAAAUUAUUAGCUCAUAUUUUACAUGUAACGAGACCUUUUGUCAAAAUCGAGUUUUAGGGGUUUUAUUAUUUUAAUAUUUUGCUGAGUAUUAGGAUUAUAGUUGUAUAUAAUGUAGUUUAAUGGAAGGUGAGAGGCCAGGGUCAAGCAGACUCUGAGGUUUCCAUGGUUGCAAUGCUUGGUCUCCUGGUGCAUUUUCUGACAGUCGUAAAAACGGAAAAUUGAUACUUUCACCCGACAAUUUUUCUGAACAGAAACCAUCCACCUGCCGUUCUCUGCUUUCACUGACUACAGGACUGUUUUGUGGCAAAUGUGACAUAUUUGUACUUAUAAAACCCGUGUUUUCUA